CCUUACCCCGCUUGCAGUCAGUUACCGGACAACAAGUCAAACUUUAUGGACAUGUCAUUUUGAUCUCAGCAAACAAGUUUCUCCCCAACAGGAAUAUGGAUCCGAUAGCCUCUUUACCUUCUUCACAAUGACUGCCAACUAUCACAAACCACCGGUACCAGUAUUUAUAUUUAUGGGAACUUCAGGCUGCGGAAAGUCUAGCGUUGCUGCCGCAUGUCAAAAGAUUCUCGGAUGCGAAGUCCUUGAGGGCGAUGAAUUGCAUCCCAAGGCUAACAUUGACAAAAUGUCAAAAGGUAUUCCUUUGGUGGAUGAUGAUAGAUGGCCAUGGUUAAAUAUUAUCCGGGAUGCCUUCUCCGAGCGAGCAGAAGCGCUCUAUGAUAACCCAGAUGUUGAUGAAAAGUCACCAAAAAGAGCUGUAAUGGUAACGUGCUCUUCUUUGCGAAGAUCCUACAGAGAGCUGUUGUCCAAAGUCAAUGCAACGAAGGUGUCAGUCACAUUUGUGUAUCUUAAGGGAUCUCCCGAACUUUUGCAAGCCCGCAUGGCCGCACGACACAAUCAUUUCAUGUUGGCGGGAAUGCUGAAUUCUCAAUUAAAUACUUUGGAAGAGCCAGACCAGCGCACGGAAAAUGUAAUUGUUGCUCCUAUCGACCCGCCCACAGACGCCAUCGCAAAAAAGGUUGUAAACGAAGCAAAAGAGCGACAUAUUUUAUACAUAGAAUGAAGCAGAAUAGUCGGCUAUUCAUAGAUAGAUAGAAAUAAACAAUGUCCAAUGGUGCUAAAGAUCGAAAUUUAGACGCUCAUACCAAUUGAUCUACCAUUUUGAAUUCACAUCGAUCUGACAUCCAUUCGACUUGGGCACCUUGAAUAAACUUUUCUAAUUCCCAUUCUCUAUCUUCUAAGUGUUCGGUACCGGCCGUCCAUAGGUACAGUUGUGUUGGUAUAUUGGUCUCAAUUGCUGGAUACUCUGUUGUUCCAAUUGUAGACACGGUAACAGUAACACGAUCGUAUUCCUACCCCCAAAAAAUGGUCAAUGUAUAGGUUGAUAACAAAAACAUCUUAAUCUAAUUGUAAACAAACUCACAUCGCCUUCGAAUGCAUCCAAUCUCAAUAUAUCGUG